AUGGCCGCUCAAAUAGACGUCAAGCAGUUCCAUAAACGGGCAGACAAGUAUUUGACUGCAUGGAAUGAUGCAAAGGCCUCUGGUAAAAUUGAAGACUUUGACUUUGACUCUAUGUGUGUCGUUGUUGGAGAUCCUGGAGAUGAGGACUCCUCCUACUUUAAGGGAACUGUCGUUCAUAAUUGGCUAUUUGGACUUGAGUUCCCUGAUACAUUGAUGCUCGUUACGCCCUCCAAAUUCGUACUAUUGACUAGCAGCAAGAAAGCUAAAUACUUCGAACCAUUAAUAAAUCCAAAACAAGUCGACAAGUCAGUCACAGUAGAAGUGCUAGCCAGAACUAAGGAUGAAAAGGAGAAUGCUGACUUGUUUCAAACCUUCAUUUCCAUGAUCGAGGGCACACGAUUGGGAUAUUUCGCAAAAGAUCGAUUCUCUGGCAAAUUCCUCAACGAAUGGAAUCAAACGCUUUCGUUAUCAGAUCGAAGUUUUGAAAAGGUCGAUGGCACAAAGUCCUUCUCGUCUGUCAUGGCCGUCAAGGAUGACAACGAGCUUAAAUACCUUCGCAAUGCUGCCAAGAUGAGCUCCUUGGUGUUGAAGAAUUAUCUAUAUAGUACCAUCUUACGUGCCAUCGAUCAAGGCAAAAAGAUUACCCAUCUAGCUAUAUGUGAAGGAGCAGAGAGUCUGUUGGAAGAUGGAAAUCAAAAAAAACUCGCCCCUCUCAAAAUCCCCGCUGAUAUUGAAGUUGAACAAGCUGAAUGGUGUUACCCACCCAUCAUUCAAAGUGGCGGCAAAUAUGAUUUGAAAGCAAGUGCUGAGUCCGAUGAAUCGCCUCUUCAUGCCGGAACUGUCCUCUGUUCGGUUGGAGUACGAUAUAAUGCAUACUGCUCAUCGAUUGGACGAACUUUGCUUUUUGUCAAUGACAAGAAACGUGCCAAGAACUAUUCCGUCUUGGUUGAUUUGCAAAAGCAUCUCACGAGUACAGUCAUCCGCGAUGGUGUUGCUUGCAAUGACAUAUAUGCCGAAGCUCAAAGGUAUUUAGAAAAGGAAGCUCCAGAGCUGGUCAAGCAUUUGAUCUCAAAUUUGGGCUCCGUGAUUGGUAUUGAUUUUAGAGAUGCAAACUUUGCAAUCAACACCAAAACUCGACGAGGUCUACGUGCUGGAAUGGUGAUCAACUUAUCGAUUGGCUUUGAGAAUUUGCAAUCUGACCUCACAGACGCCAAGAACAGGAUAUAUGCCUUGUUGCUUACAGACACCAUUUUAGUGGGUCAACAAGAUAGUAUCUUUUUGACUGAUAUGAGCAAAGCUUUGAGCGAUGUUCAAUUCAACAUCAAAGAUGACAAGGCUAAAGAAAAUGGCGGUGCCAACAACUCUAUUGGAUCUCCUCAAAAGAAGUCCAAAGUCGUUUCUUCAAAAUUGAGAAAUGAAGAUAGGGAUGAGAAUGCUUCAGAAGAAGUCAAGAGGAAACAGCAUCAACUCCAGUUGGCUCAAAAGCGACAACAGCAAGGUCUUGAAAAAUACAGUAAUAACAAUGGAGAAGGUCCAAAGUCAGAGCGUGCAGUGUUUCGCAAGUUUGAAACGUAUCGAAAGGACGUUCAAAUGCCUCCUGACAUCAGAAAUCUUCAGAUUUAUGUUGACAAACGUGCUCAAGCCAUCAUUCUACCAAUCUUUGGUCAAGCAGUGCCUUUCCACAUCACCACUCUCAAGAAUGUAACCAAGAGUGAUGAAGGAGAAUAUUGUUAUCUACGAUUCAAUUUUGUUACUCCUGGUGGUGGUAGUGGUCCAAAGGGUGCCAAAGACCUCGUCUUUGAAGAUCCAAAUGCAACAUUCAUAAGAUCCUUCUCCUACCGAAGUGCUGAUCUUGGACGGUUUAGUGAAUUGCACCGAGAUGUCACUGAACUCAAGAAGAUUUCGCUCAAGAGAGAGUCAGAACGGGCACUUGUAGCAGAUUUGGUAGAGCAGGACAAACUUAUCGAAGUCAAGGGCAAGAGGCCAGCACGUCUUGGUGAUUGCUAUGCUCGUCCUCAACCAGAAGGCAAACGUACAUCGGGUGAUUUGGAAAUCCAUACCAAUGGUUUGAGAUACGUUUGUCGUGGCCGCAUGGAUCAAAAGAUUGAUGUCCUGUUUUCCAAUAUGCAGCAUCUGUUCUUCCAACCAUGUCAAGGAGAAUUGAUUGUCAUUAUACACGUGCACUUGAAGCAUCCCAUCAUGAUUGGCAAAAAGAAGACAAAGGAUGUACAAUUCUAUCGUGAAGUCGUAGAUGCAAGUUUCGAUGAAACUGGAAACAAGAAACGGCGCUUCAACUAUGGAGAUGAAGAUGAAUUAGCUGCAGAAUCAGAAGAACGCAAACGUCGAGACAAUCUCGAUAAGGAGUUCAAAGCUUUUGCUGAAAAGAUUUCCGAAGCUACAGCCAAAGCGAUCGAAGUGGAUGUUCCAUACCGAGAAUUGGGUUUCCAAGGUGUACCAUUCAAACAAAAUGUCUUGCUGCAACCUACACAAAACUGUUUGGUGCACUUGACUGAACCACCAUUCUUGGUUGUAACCAUGUCUGAGAUUGAAAUUGCACAUUUGGAACGUGUGUCAUUUGGACUCAAGAACUUUGAUUUGGUGUUUGUCUUUGAAGAUUUUCACAAACCCGUGGUUCAUAUUAAUACCAUCCCGAUGACUAAUUUGGAUACUGUGAAGUCAUGGCUCGAUGAGAGUGAUGUCGUACAUUAUGAAGGACCAGUCAAUUUGAAUUGGGGUCCUAUUAUGAAGACCAUUACUGAAGAUCCAGGUGAAUUUUUCCAAAUAGGUGGAUGGGAUUUAAUCCUUAGAACUGAUGGUGAUGAUGAUGAUGAUGGUACUGGGUCAUCAGAAGAGAGUGAAUUCGAAGUGGGGUCUGGUGAUGCAUCGUCAGAGUCUGACAGUGAUGCCAGUGACUAUGACUCGAAUGCAUCUGGAGGAUCUGGAAGUUCCGGCUCUGGAUCUGACGAUGAUGAUGACGAAGGUGGAGGUGAUGAAAGCGAUGAUGGCGGAGGCAAGAAGGGCCGCAAGCGAGAUGAUUCAGAUGAUGAUUCUGAUGCUCGUAAAGCAAAGAAGGCUAAACGAUAA